AUGGCGUUGGUAUUGGUUAAUAUCAUUGGACACAUUCAGGGAAUUAUUGAAAUUCUUCCAGGUGCACCUUUAUUCUUUCAAAGUUAUUGGAAUCAGUUUAUUUCAGAAAAGUUGACGAAACAAGUUGAUGCUCAAACAUUUUACAGAAAUAAUUUGAAUUCGUAUGGUGUUCCAACGUGGCUGGAAAGUUUUGCACUCUUUGAAAACAUUUAUUGUUUCAUUGAUGCCUAUUUUAUUUAUGGAUGUACUGUUAUUGGAUUGGCAAUGUAUUCGAUUCAGAUAAUUAAACUAAUGUUAUUGUUGCUGUUGAAAGAUAGAAAACAGGCAGUGGCUAGAUCAUUGGAAGAAUUCAAAAAGAGACAAGUUGAAAAGUUUAAAGAUCUCAAAUUGAAAGAAGUUUCUUCAGAGACGAAUCUUCAAGAUCAGAAACCAAUUAGUUUGAUGAAACGACUCUCAAGGAAGAUUCUUUUUGUGGAAACAAACACGUCUUCUGAAAAUUUGACGAAACAAUCAGGUGAAUCUUCACCAACCACUAGUGCUAGCUCAGUAUCUAGUGCUCCUUCCACUUCCAAUUUAUUAGAAUCUAAUAAUUCACAACAAUCACAACAACAAUUGCAACAAGAAUCCUCAGAAGUAUCAACUCCAAGAUUAUCUAAAACUGGAGAGAAUGAUGAUUCGUCCAGUUUAGCCUACGAAGAUAUUGCCCUCGAUUUAACAACUGAUGAAGAUGCACUUUCAACUAGUUACGAAGAAAUUUCAAAAAAGGGAAAAUUUGUUAAUUUCCUUAAAAAGAUUUUAAAAUAUCAAAUUAUUGAGCUGAGCUACAUUGGAUUCUGGUUGACUGUGUGGUAUAUUCUCGUUACAAUUGUAAUUAUUAUUCGUACAGAAGACACUUGGAGUAAUUUUUUCAUUUCUUGGGAUUCGUAUAGUGGAUAUUGUCGACAUAAUGAUAGAGUUCAGAUUGGAUAUUAUUCGAUUGCCAUCUUGUUCCUAAUUUUUGUUUUCAUUCCCAUUACUUUAAUAUUCGAUUUUGUAACUAGUUUAAUCAAAUAUAGAAAAAUUAUUCGAAUCAAUAGAGAAAAGAAUAGAAAGACAGAAAACUUUCUCAUUUACUAUUUUUAUGAAACUGAUCCUUUCGUUUACAGAACCGAAGUAUUGGGAGUAUUAAUAUUGGACUUUAUAGUGGUCCUUACCUUUUUAAUUGUGCUUCCAAUUGGAGUUAACGCAAAUUAUUCUCAACAAUUGGCGAGUUCAAUACUCCUUUCCAUUGGAUUGAAUUUUAUUGGAGGUGUACUUUGUAAUCCUGGAAUUACAAUUUCAAGAACUGUGUGGAAUUAUUUGGUUGAGUUCAAGACCAAAAGGGCAAAUAAGAAAGAUUCAAAUGAUUCUGAUACUAUAUUUUCAUUACAGCAAUUGAUUUCUUCACCAAUUUGUUCUGAAUCAAUUGAUUAUGUACUUUCCCACAAAACUGAAAGAGGUUUAUUCUAUCAAUAUCUGAAAGAAGAAUAUUCUGUGGAAAAUCUACUAUUCACAGAAGAUCUUAUCAAAUUGAGAAAGAUCCACAACGCACAUAUCAGAGCCAAAGUAAUGAAAAUUAAGGAAAUGAUCAAACUAUACCUUUCCAAUAGUGAUUCAGUGUUUGAACUCAACGUUCCAACAAAAGUGAUUCAACAAGAGUUGACUAAUUUUAGGGAAUUGAUGGCUUUGUUGGAUGAAUUGAAUUUAAAGGCUACUCAACUUCCUCGUGUAUUUAAGGCUGAUUCGAAUACUAGAUAUUUUCCAAAUAUUGAUUCGAAUAAGGAAGAAAAGUUGAAACAAUUAAUUUCACAAUUGGGUAGUGGUCGAAUAUUCACAAAUAUUCAAUCAGAGGUUUACAAAAACUUGAUGGAUUCAUAUUAUCGAUUCAAUAACUCUAGAAAGUGGAAGGACUAUAUUAAGACUUCUUCUUCGUCAGCUUAA